AUGUAUCACCUGGGACACCAGAAACCUCACACAAGUGGAAAGGUAUGCAGUCCACGCGGAGAAGCUCCUACGAGAGACAAAGGAAAGAAAGAUGAAGAAGAGAGGAAGACCAAAAGCACGCAUAUGAGGAAGACCCAGCCGUCAGCUCUUAAUUCUCUGUCAGGAACUGUGAACGAGGAUCAACCAAUAGGCAUCUUUAGUAGGAGGCGCUCUCUUCCCCCACAGAGACAGCACGUGCCGGUAAGUUAUUUCACACAACCAUGUGUGUUGCAGAGGCCCAGACCUGAGGCGGGCAGUGCCAAUUCUGGCUCGGUGAGGCACUGUGCUCGUCUGAUGGAGACAUGCUCAGCACACGCACCUUGCUGCAAUCCCUGUGCUCUGUGCCAUUGCCGACUCUUUAACACGAUCUGCCAGUGCUGGAGAGUCGGAGUGUGCUCAAGAAAGAACUAAGUACUAAGUACUACAUCCUUCUUUGUGAAGCAUAAUGAAUGCUCGCACACUAUUAACACAUCAUAAAUGCAUUCCCUUCGGUCCAGACUGAUUUCGAGCAGACACAAUGACUCACACUCACAUAAAGUUUGUGGGAAUUCACUUUGACUGGGGAA